AUGAGAAACUUACUGAGAGGCUGUGUAGGGAGCCCCCUAGUGGCGAGGCUUGCUGGGGCUCAUAAGCAGCCUAUCAGGAGGGGAAAGGAGACAGAGCGCAGCCGUUUGACGGGACCUCCUCCUGCGAGUACUCAGCAGCAUCAGGCGGCAUUUGUGUUUGAAGAGGCGAUGGCUACAGCCAGCAGCAGAGGCGCGGCUCCCAGGGCCCCGUGCAGAGCAUUCCUCCGGGGCGUCUGCCGUUGGGGUGCAAACUGCCACUUCUCACAUGAAAGGAAGCCUGCUCCACUAUGCCGACACUUUCAAAAUGGGUUCUGUGGCUAUGGUGACAGGUGCAGUUUCCAGCACACCACAGCUUAUAUGCCUUCUGAUGCUUCUCACUACCACGCUGGCCGCAGAGUUUCUGAACCUUGCAUUGUUUCACACUUCAGUGGCCCCCCUACAGGACGCAGGGGUUCUGAGCCGUCCGUUUCUCAUUUGCACACACUUGGUUCAGAAAGCCAGACAAAAUCCGUUCGGUCAUCCACAGAAAACUGGGCUCUUGCUGCUGAAUUUAUACCUCGGAAUGCAGGGCUUGUAAGAUCUGUGUCUAGUCCUGUCCUAAUGUCUAAGGAAGCAGAUAGCCAUGAUGAAACAAAGCAUCAAACCUCUAUGAAGAUCCUGGACGAUUCAGAACGUCAGUAUGAACGCAGCAGGGAUGUGGUCUGUGGCAUCUGCAUGGAUAAAGUGUAUGACAAGCAGGUAGCUGAAAGAGUGUUUGGAAUCUUGCCCAACUGCAGCCAUGCAUAUUGUGUUGAAUGUAUUAAACGCUGGAGAAAGACCAGAGAAUUUCAGAAUGAAGUUGUUAAAGGCUGCCCGCAAUGUCGUGUAAAAUCCAGUUACUUUAUUCCUCAUAAAUACUGGAUUGGAGACUCUGAUGAGAAGCUAAAGCUAAUUGAAAAUUUUAAAGCAAAGACUGGUAAGAUUCGCUGUCGCUUCUUUCUUCAAAGUAAUGGACGAUGCCCAUUUAAAUCUGAAUGUAUCUAUCGUCACGAGCUGCCACAUGGUCACCAGCGCAGGAGGAGGAGGGAUCCGAGACGAGCCAGUGCCUCUGCCCUGUCUUAUUCUCACCUGGUGGGAAUCUACGAAGAAGACUUCAGUGAGGAAGAGGACAUUGAUCUUCUGCAUUGUGCUCUCACUCUAGCCCUCAUUGAAGAUCGUUUUGAAUUGGGCCUAGGCUUUCCUGAGGAAGUAGAAAUUUUACUGGGAGAGUUCAGUGAUUCGGAUAAAGUAGAUGGGUUUUCUUAA